AUGGUCCUGGAAACCAUCAGCAGAGAAGGGGUUAACUUCCAGACGAUUUCUAAAAGCUGGAAAAGACUAGAGAUGGAGUCCCUCAGCCUCCAGAGAAACACAGUUCUUGGGCCUGCCUGUCUCCUGCCCUCUGGCUUGGGCACACAUCAAGAGCUGGUGGCCCUGGUGAUCGGGGCUUUCGCCGGAGGACUGCUAAUUCUACUCCUGAUUGGGAUGAGCUGCUAUCUCUGGAAGAGGCUUCGCGCCACUUUCAUCUAUGAGGAGCUGCCAGGGGCCACAGCUGUGCCUAGUAUCCAGGAGGACAAGCUCUGUCCGCCAAGGGCCAGAACCCAAACAAGCAGACCACCAUCGGUGCCCUUUGUGGUGGCCCCAUCCUUCCAAGGCCAAGACUGGGUGCCCCUGCACAGUGGAGAAUGGGCCAAGGCCCCCGCAGACCCCUGCCAGGCCUCAGAGCUCCUGCCCCACACCUGGAGCAGCAAACCUGGAGACCCGUGUGUGGUGGGGACCAUCAACUCAGAGCUGUCCAAAGUCCCAGAGGACCAGAGCGAGUCAGACUUCCCCGAAGGCUGCCUGGGACGGCUGUGGUUCUCCCUGGAGUACCAUCAGGAAGCCGAGAGGCUGUUGGUGGGCCUGAUGAAGGCACAGCGGCUGCAAGCCCCCUCCGAGUCCUGCGGCACCCUAGUGAAGCUCCACCUGCUGCCAGACGAGAGACGCUUCCUCCAGUCCAAGGCCACGGGCGAGCCCAGCAACCCGCACUUCGACCAGCGCUUCCUCUUCCAGGUUUCCAGCAGAAGCAUCGCACAGCGGGUGCUGAGGUUCUCGGUGUACCACAUGGACAGGCAGAGAAAGCAGCAGCUCCUGGGCCACGUGCUGUGUCCCCUCAAGAACGAGACCCUGGCUGCUGGCUGUCCACGCAUCAUCUGCAGAGACCUGGAACCUGAGAGCCUGGAGGCUCCCUCAGAGCUGGGCGACUUGCAGUUCUGCCUCAGCUACAGCAACAGCCUGAACCGCCUCACCGUGGUCGUGCUGCGCGCCCAGGGCCUCCAGCUCCAGGAAGAUGUGAGCUUUGCCAGUGUGUUUGUCAAGGUGUCUCUGUUGAACCACAACAAAUUUGUCAAGUGCAAGAGGACAUCGACCGUGCUGGGCUCUGCCGACCCUGUUUACAUGGAGACCUUCAGCUUCGGGGUCCACCCCGAUGAGCUGGACACCGCCAGCCUCAGCCUGAUGGUGCUGCAGGGCACUGAGGAAGCCGAGAGCCACCCACUGGGCAGGGUGGUGGUGGGUCCCUACAUGUACGCCCGAGGCCGAGAGCUGGAGCACUGGAAUGAGAUGCUCAACAAGCCCAAGGAGCUAGUGAUGCGCUGGCAUGCGCUUUGCUGUGCCGCCGAGCCCUGA